AUGAAUGAACUAUUAUCAUCGACAUUGUCAAUGUCUUCAUUGUCAUCUUCGUCGACAUUGAACUCUUCAACAUCUCAGUUGUCGCAGUCACAACAACAACAACAACAACAGUCCCCAGUCAUUACAUCGUCAUCUCCAUCCAACUCUUCUAAUUGUAUUAGAGUAGUAGCAAGAUUCCGUCCAUUAACAGAACUAGAACAAAAAAGAAAUGAACAUAAUAUAGUCACCUUUCAUGAUUCAAAGUCAUUCGCUGUUAGAAGAGAUGAUGGAUCUGUUCAACAAUACUCAUUUGAUCGAACAUUCAACUUUGAAGAUUCACAGGAAUCACUAUUCAACGAUGUUGCAACCCCGAUCGUAGCUGAUUUUUUAGAUGGAUACAAUGGAACUAUUUUGGCGUAUGGACAAACUGCAUCUGGAAAAACAUAUACCAUCUAUGGUGAACCAACUAGAGACGAUGAAGAAGAACCACAAAGUAGACAUGGUAUCAUCCCUCGUAUCAUCGAAGAAAUAUUCAAUGGCAUGAACAGAAUGAGAGAAAAGAAUAGUGCUCUUGCUUUUGUUCUCAAAAUGUCUUCUGUUGAAUUAUAUAUGGAAAAAAUUAAUGAUUUAUAUGAUGAAUCAAAAAAGAAUUUAUCAAUUCGUGAACACCCUGAAAAAGGCAUUUAUCUUGAAGGUGUUACUGAAACAGUGAUUCAAUCACCAGAGGAUGGUUUUGAAUUUUUAAAUAUUACCAAUAACAAUAGAGCUGUUGCUGCAACAAAUAUGAGUAUGGCAAGUUCAAGAAGUCAUUCAAUUUUAAUGAUUGAAUUAUCACAACAAAAUCUUUUAGAUUUAUCAUCUAAAAAGUCUAAAUUAUUCCUUGUUGAUUUGGCUGGUUCUGAAAGAGCAUCAAAAACAUUGGCAGAAGGAGAUAGAAUGCAAGAAGCCAAAACAAUUAACAAAUCACUUUCAACUUUGGGUACAGUUAUUAAUUCAUUGACAUCAAACAAGUCACACGUACCCUAUAGAGAUUCAAAGUUGACACGUGUAUUACAAGAAUCAUUGGGUGGUAACUCAAAGACAACACUCAUUAUUGCAUGUUCUCCAAGUAACAAUAAUGAAAGUGAAACAUUGUCUACCAUCCAAUUUGGUACCAGAGCCAAAAAGAUUACAAACAAACCAAAGAUCAACAAGGAAAUUACAGUGGUUGAACUCAAACAAUUGUUGGAAAAAGCAAAUAUCCGCAUCAAAGAACUAGAAUCAGAGAUUGAAAUAUUCUUGACAAAAGUGGAUAGUCAAAGCAAAGAUAUUGACUUUUUGAUCAAAGAAAAGGAGGAUCUUAUCAAUUUGGUCAACUCUGCCAAGGACCUUGGUACACUCACUUGCAACAAAAAGAAGCUCAAUGAAUCUUCAGAGACUAUUGGUAACGCAACGACCUCCUCCAUGACUACCACCAUAUCAGAUCAUGUCAUUAGAAGUUCACGUGACAAGUUGGCUUUAUCACCUCGUAACAAACAACUUGCUAUCGAAGAUUUAUCAGCUAGUAAUAGUAGCAAAGGUGAUGAUGAUGAUGCUGAUGCUGUAUCGGAUAUCGAUUUGGAUGAAGAAGAAAAUGAAAUUAGAAAAUUGGCAAUUGUCACAAACAACAAUAACAAUAACAAUAACAAUAAUAACAACAAUAAUGAUGAAGACUUUGUAGUUGUUGCUACCAAUCAAAAAGAGGAGGAAGAGGAUAGUCAUCAAUCAUUUAUGGAUAGAUUUAUGGAUCUUAAAAAUGAUAUGAAUCUUUCACCUGCAAUGUUUUCUCCAUUGUCAGAUCAUACUGGUGAUGAUGCUGGUGACGAUGGGGAUCGCAUGAUCCGAUCUCAAUCACCUCGUCUAUCUCCACGCAACAUUGGUCUCGUAUCAUCUUCUCAAUCAAUUGAACUUGGACAUUCUAAUGGAAACCUCAUCCUUCCAACACUUUCUCGAGACUCUUCAUUUAUCUUGGAAGAUAGAUCAACAAGACCAACACUUGAGUCAUCUGCAGAAGCUACACCACUUUUAAAUGCUCCACUUAUAUUCAAACAACAACAACAACACAAACUACAAUCUUUAGAACUAGACAAUCAUAAUGAUGAUACAUUUGAAACUCUGUCCACCUCUACAACAACCACUUCCACCACCAAAUCAUCAACAACAAACAUCGAUAAUAAUAAUGACAAUAUUAAUUUUAAAUCAAAACAAGAAAUAACAAUAGUAAAAGAACAAAAUGAAAAGACUAAUAAUAAUAAUAAUAUUUUAACAUCAACAACAAGUAACGAACAACAAUCAUCGUCAUCUUCUUCUUCUUCUUCUUCUUUAUCAUCACCCUCCUCCUCCACUACUGUUGAACUUGUCAAACAACCUUUAAAAAUGCAAAAGAGAAAUGUUGGUAAAAUUUUAAUCGUCUCUACUAUUAUUGCGAUUGUCAUAAUGAUCAUUGGAAGCUCAUUUAUUACUACAUCGCAUAUAAGUGAUAUCAACGUUGUAAAUAACCACCUUUCAAAACUUGGCAUUGUAUAUAGCUCUCCUCCAUUUUCAGAACGUCCUCCUACUCUUACAGAACUUCGUAAAGCCUAUCAACAAUCUCUUUUAAAAUAUCAUCCAGAUAAAAACCUUAAAUGUAAAGAAUGUCCUUCCAUUUCUAUUGAUAUCCAAAACUCUUACAAUUUAUUAAAACUUCAUUAUCAAAAUCCAACUUUAUUACAAACAUUGAUGGAUCAAUUACCAUUUACGGUAUCAAUGAAAAAAGAUAGUUCUGCUGAUGGUGAUGGUGACCUACACCAAUUGGUUAUUGUUACAGAGGAUAGCAAAAAGGUAGAGCUCUCAGCCAUCAAGAUGCAACAAUCCAAACUACACAACGACCAGGCUGAGUUUGAACAAAAGAAAUCACUCUUUUACACUCUUCAGGACCAAGUAGAAAAGGAACAAAAAACAGUCAAGGCUCAACUAUUGGAAUUAUCCAUCAACAAGGCAGACUUUGAAGUCAAACAAAAGGAAUUACAAUUGGAAAAGAUAGAGUUUGAAAAGAAAGUGGAAGCCUUUAACAAACAACAGAAAUCAUUUUAUUCAAAACAACAGAUCGAAACAACCAAAACUACAACUCAAACCACAACCAAAUCAACAGGAACUACGUCUACGCAACAACAACAAACCUCAAACAAUCAAUUGAGUAUUACCAGUGACGAAUCAUUUUUUGCAGUAAGAUGGAUUAAAGGAUUCGUCAGUUUCAUUAAAAGGAUGUUUAACAAAUCUUAA